AUGUCUGCCACGGUAUCCACAGUGUCCGCGGAUCUUCACAAAGCAAUAGAUGCUGGAGACGAGGACAAGAUAACCAAGAUUACUGCGUCGUAUGGAUCUGAGCAGCGCGAUAAGAUCAUUCCAGCCUAUCACGCAAACUAUGGCAUCCCUCCCUCGGAAGCCAUCCGCAAAGCGUUUAAGACAGGCUUCUAUGAAACAAUGAUUGUGCACGCGUGGACUUCACGCUUUGAGCUCCGGGCGAAAUUGAUUCACGAGUCUAUUAAAGGGAAGAUAGAUGUGAUAACACUACUGGAUCUGGUUAUAGCUUGCAUGCCUGACGACUGGUACGGCACGAAGGUCUGUUACACAAAGCUCUAUGGACGCGAACUUGUUAGAGAAAUAGACGAAGUGAUAGGGGUGGGUACUCCUUGGCAGAGUCUUGUUUCUGGCUGGGUCAAGCAUGAUAGAAAGUAUCGCAAGUCAAUAAAGAGUGAUGCGGAGGCGUUUCGAAUGGCGCUAGACAGUGACAACUACGAAGUCCUCGGAAGUAUGCUUGCGACAAGUGUCCCAGAUGAAUGGAUGCGGAUUGCCGCUGCAUACGAAGAGACCACUGGGAUGCCUAUUGACCAGGCGAUUGCAUCCCGGUACGUGAAGGUGGACCAGACGGCCUUAAUUCUAGCACACCACUGGCUUUGCGACCCGGGCCAGGCGGCUGCGUAUAUCUGCUCUCAGUGUUGCGCUGAGCGCAAAGGCAACUACGCACGGAUUUGUCGCUUCACCUCCAUGAUGUACGACCAUUGCCUGAAGUGCAAGUACGCCUACAGGGCGUAUGGGUCCCUCGCAAUGGAUAUUCGGAAAUGCUUCGAGCCUAAGCUAGCAAAGCAUCUGCUAGUCUUUUGGCGCGUGGAGUAG